AUGAAUCAUCGGCGUCCCGGAGAGCGUGCGACAAGGAAACAUCAGCUCCACAAGAUCUCUCACAUAUCUUUUCUCCUCUUUGUUCGCUACGUCGGGUUUUCUUUUCCGAAGCUCCCACCUCUCUUGCUCACUAUCUUGGCUGUGGCUUUUUUACACCUUGACAUGGACAUGGACAACAAUCUACUCGAAAGCCUUCUCGACCUCGAGGAGGACUUUUAUAAAGAAGGCUAUGAUUUGGGAGCCGCCGAUGGCGCCGAAGCUGGGUAUACGGAAGGGAGUGUGUUCGCUGUUGAAAAGGGAUUCGAAAAGUUUCUCGAACUGGGAAGACUCUAUGGCAAAGCGUUAGUCUGGGCUCAAAGACUUGCCAGCGCAAACCCGACAUCUGCUCCCAACUCCGAACUGUCCGGUCACGCGACAGAAGAGGUUGAUGAUAUCUUUUUGGGGCCCUCCACCUGCAAGGGAAUGGCAAGCUUUCCACACAGCUCAAGACUCGCAAAGAACCUUGAUACGCUCCUUGAAUUGGUCGAUCCAGCUUCCCUCCCAAUGGAAAACACGGAGGAGGCUGUCACGGAUGUGGACGAGCGACUGAAGGGAGCCGUCAUCAAGGCGAAGCUCAUACAACGUGCUUUGGGGGAGCGUGAGGAUACUUCGGAUAUUCAUUCCGAUGCCAGAGGGACACAAGCUGCUGGUGACGGAACUGGCAGUAUUGAAGAUAUCAGUUCUUUGAGUAUAAGGCAUUGA